AUGUCAGCCACUAACAACGUAGCGCAGGCCCGAAAGCUGGUGGAGCAACUCCGCAUCGAAGCCGGGAUGGAACGCAUCAAGGUGUCCAAAGCCUCCUCUGAGCUGAUGAGUUACUGCGAGCAGCAUGCCAGGAGCGACCCCUUGCUGGUCGGCGUCCCCGCGUCUGAGAACCCCUUCAAGGACAAGAAGCCCUGCAUCAUCCUCUAG